CCAGCGAGGCCGCUGUUCUCGCGAUAUUUGCUGAUCAUGGCUGCCUCCUCGAGUGCGGAUGGCAGCGCUAAAGCGAGUAAUAAUUCCUCAAAUAAAGACAUGGAGAGUGACACAGAAGAGUUUUGCCCAGGUUUUAAAGACGUGGACGCGUUUGUUAAGCAUGGACUGGGCUCCGUCGUUGCUGCUACGAAAGCCUCCGGGUUUCUCCCUCAGACAGGAGACGAGUACGACUUCUACCGGAGUUUCCCUGGCUUCCAGGAUUUCUGUGCUGUACAAGGAGAGAGACUUUUACACUGUAUGAGUCAGCUGAUGCAGCACCAUGGCUGCAGAUCACUCAUGAGGGACAGGAGUAAACUGACCGGACUGGAGGAGCGCUUUGACCUGGUCAUUGAGUCCAACGAUGUCAUCCUGGAGAAAGUGGGCAUUAUGCUGGACGAGGCAUCUGGGGUGACUCGGUCUCAGCCUGUUAUGCCUGCUGGCUAUCAACCUCCCAAAAUUGUUGUGUCUAGCUGGAAUCGCAAGGGCAGUGAUCGCAGCGCCGAAACCUUCCGUCUCCUUCACGCCAAGAACAUUCAGCGGCCUCAGCUUAAGUUUAAGGAAAAAGUGGACAACAGCAACAUACCCUUUGUCGCCAAAAUCUUUGUCAAGCCCAAUGCUAUAAAACCACUGCCUUCAUAUUUCACAAACAAGAAGCUGCAGAAGGAGAGACCAGAGGAUUUGGACGUCCCUCCAGCGCUGGCUGACUUUAUCCACCAACUAAGAACACAAGAGCAUAUGGAUGAUAUGUUCUCUCAUCCUUACCAGUAUGAGUUAGACCACCUGGUCAUGCUGGAGACCCUGAGAAGUAGACCUGAACCCCAGCUGUAUAAACCUUUGGCAGAAACAAGUUGCACGUUUAUCGAGACGUUAGAGGAUCUGGUUGCCUUGAAUGAAAAGCUGGUCAAGACCACAGAAUUUGCGGUGGACCUUGAGCACCAUUCCUACAGAAGCUUCCUGGGAAUCACCUGCUUGAUGCAGAUCUCCACCAGGGAAGAGGAUUUCAUCAUUGACACCCUGGAGCUUCGCAGUGAGAUGUAUAUUCUGAAUGAGAGCUUCACUGAUCCCACCAUUGUGAAGGUUUUCCAUGGUGCUGACUCUGAUGUUGAAUGGCUUCAGAAAGACUUUGGUGUCUAUGUGGUCAACAUGUUUGACACCCACCAUGCUGCUCGCUCUUUGAACCUUGGUAGAAACUCUCUGGACCAUCUCCUAAAACUUUACUGCAAUGUGGACUCAAAUAAACGCUACCAGCUUGCUGAUUGGAGAAUACGACCCUUGCCAGAAGAGAUGCUGAAAUAUGCCCAAGCUGAUACUCAUUACCUGCUGUAUGUGUACGAUCGACUAAGAGCAGACCUGUUUGACGCAGCUAACGGACAGUCUAACUUGAUACAAGUUGUCUGGUCCAAAAGCAAAGAUCUCUGUCUCAAGAAAUAUGUGAAGCCCAUCUUCACUGAGGAAUCAUAUAUGGAGCUUUACAGAAAACAGAAGAAAACCUUCAACAGCCAGCAGCUGGUUGCGUUCCGCCUCCUUUACAGCUGGAGAGAUAAAUUGGCCAGAGAGGAGGAUGAGAGCACUGGGUACAUUUUACCCAACCACAUGAUGAUGAAGAUCGCUGAGGAGUUGCCAAAGGAACCGCAAGGUAUCAUUGCAUGCUGUAACCCCACACCCCCACUAGUGCGGCAGCAGAUCAAUGAGCUCCAUCAGCUCAUCAAGCAAGCGAGGGAAAUCCCACUGCUCAAGGCCGAGGUAGCAGCUGAAAAGAAGAAGUCUUUGACCCCAAAAAGAAAGUCUGAAUCUACAUUGUUUGGGCCCCAUGAUACCUCUCAUGUGUCCGAGAGUGACCUUAUGGAACUUUCUUCCCACGAAACUCCAACUAAAGACGGAGACCUUUUCCCAGAGGAAGAUGUCACUGGUGGCCUUGUAGCUUCUGCAAAAAUCAGCCUAUUUGCGGAGGAAGAGAAGGUGGACAACUCUGGUCACCUCACUGUGGCCCAACAGAAGGCAUGCAGCAUCUUGGAGUCUUUUGAGAACCCUUUCCGAAUGUAUUUACCCUCAAAGGAUAUUCACAUCUCCAAAAAUGCAAAAUAUGACCCUUCAUCAAAGAUUUAUGAGAUUAGUAAUCGUUGGAAGCUACAGAGCAUUGAGAAGCAGCAGAAAGAGGCUCAAGCUAAACAAGAAGCUAAAAAACAAGCAAAGAAAGCUAAAGAGGAGCUUAAAAAGGCCAAACAGAGCUAUCAGGAGUCCCUGCAGAAUGUCAGUACUGUUAGGCAGCAACUUAUGGAAUCAAAGCAAGGAGGGCAGAAGAGAGAGAGGGCUGCCAGUGAAGCUGGGGAAGAAACUCAAAAACCGGAUGAGAAAGUCAUGAAAACUGAGAAAGAGACACCCCCUGCAGUUCAGACUCCUGCACCUUCAAAGAAGAAGCAGAAGCAGAAGCAACAAGAGCCUGAAGAUGCUCAACAGGAACAGUCUGCUGCCUUUACACCCUUUGACUAUAGCAAGUCAAAAUUAAAAGUUUUUGCUGGGGGUAAAUCCAAGGACUCCUCUCAGUUUGACCCAAACAGACAAACUCAUGAUUUCAAACGCAAGAAAAACCCAAAAGGACACAAGCAAAAUGUUGGGGGUAAGAGCAUGUCCUACUUACCAGCAAGAUCUGAGAGAGGAUUUCGCCAUGAUUGGCCCAAGAGAUAAGGAUCCCUGCUGGACACUUGUUUCUUCCCCUGUCUAUAUGUGUUUUCCUUUGUUGUUUUUCUAUGUGGGUCAUUUUAUCGAAAUAUAUAUAGCACACUUACAAAAUGCUACACAAUGCUGUAUAUAAAUUUUGGAAGGCCCUUCAUUAAAUUGAAAUUUUAAA